AUGAAGAACAUGAAGAACAUCAUCACAGAGGGCAUCGCGGACUUCUUCUGUGAGUACGAGACCCCGCGGCAGGUGCUGGUCCGGAACAGGAGAAUUGGGAUUACGUGUCGGAUCAUCCAGCUCGGGGUGCUGGCUUACAUUAUAGGGUGGGUGUUUAUCUACGAGAAAGGUUACCAGUCUGUGGACACUGCCAUUGGUUCGGUCUUCACCAAGAUGAAAGGAAUUGGCAUCACUAACCAGAACGGGGAGGAACAAGUCUGGGAUGUGGCUGACUAUGUGUUCCCUGAACAGGGAGAUUCAUCAUUUGUUGUCAUGACUAAUUUCAUCAUGACUAAGGGACAGACAAAGGGCAAGUGUCCUGAGCUUCUAGACAAACAGGAACGUUGCGAAUCUGACGCGGACUGUGAUGAAGGAAAAUUCAAACGUACGGGAAACGGUCACAUGACCGGAAAGUGUUUUAAUGAGACAGGAGCAUGUGAGGUGUUCUCCUGGUGUCCGAUUGAAGAUGACCGCAAUGUCCCAGAUCCUGCUCUUCUAUUAUCAGCAGAAAACUACACACUUUUCGUCAAAAACGCUAUCACCUUCCCACAGUUUAAAGUAGUCAGGAGUAACCUGGUAGAGGGUGUGGAUAAAAAUUAUCUCAGGACUUGUUUGCAUGACCCCGUGAAGGCUCCGUUGUGUCCGAUUUUCAAACUGGGAGACAUAGUCCGAUUCUCUGGUUUUGAUUUUGCAGAGGUAGCUAGGGAGGGUGGGGCUAUAGGUAUUCUCAUGGACUGGGAGUGUAAUCUGGACCUGGACGUGAGGCACUGCAAGCCCAAGUACGAAUUCUACGGUCUCUACGGAAGCGCAGACAAGACAAAGAGCAAAAGUGAACAGCCAUCAGUGGGUUACAAUUUCAGAUAUGCAAAAUUUUACAUGGAGAACGGCACAGAGAAGCGAACAUUAAUGAAGGUGUUUGGAAUUCGGAUAGAAAUCAUUGUCCAUGGACUGGCAAGAAAAUUUGACAUUAUCCCAACGUUGACAGCGAUAGGCUCCGGAGUUGGAAUAUUUGGAGUGGCAACUGUUGUGUGUGAUCUGGUGCUGCUUCAUCUUCUACCAAAGAGAGAUUUCUAUAAAAACAUGAAAUUCAAAUACACCAUGGUCGACAACAAGUCCUCUUUUCAGCAGGCUGUGAUCUCUGAACACAAGGUGGCAGCAGAAAGUAACUGGUCGAGGCUGAGAGCACCGCGCUAA